AUGUCUUCCAUCUUCACAUACAAUCCUGACCCACCUCGGGUGUAUUCCCCAUGGUCGAUUGGUUCUUCAACCUCCCAAGUCAAUUUGCCAGAUCUCGAGGAUGGACUCUCAACUCCGGCAACUCGCGACAUGCCUCCAAUGGAUGUCGCCAGCAAAGGCCAGCUUAUCUUUGAUGCACUUAGCCAAAAUUUGCCUACACACUGGGAUGAGGAAAAUAUCGUUGUUGCUGAUGUCGUCUCCGUAUCUCCCCCAUACCAUAUGGAGGAUUGUCUUCUUUUGAAAGAAAUUCCCUUGCCAGAAGGCAAUGCUUUCGAUCAAGUUCGCAGCCUGGUUGAUAUGGAGAACAAGAAGAUUGGAUUGCGCGAUGAUAAUGCUGCGAUUGAUGUGAUCGAUCUUUUCUCCCACGAAGCUCAGGAUAUCUUUGACGCGCUUCGUCAAACCAUGCCUACGUGCUGGGAUGGACAGAACAUUGUUGUCCCUGACGGAGUCUUUAUUGCUUCUCCUUACACGGUUAAUCAGUGUCGCUCUUCGGCGAAGGGUAACGCAGCUUCCCUCGCCAAAGUGCGCAGCGUGAUUGCAAAAAUCAAGUCGCGCAAUUUGCGCCCCGGCGCAGUGCCCAAUGAGAAGUCACUCGAAGUCUCUAAGACACCCAUUCGUGCCUUUCUUUCGGACUUCAAUAUCACCAAGUUGGAGCCGGAACCCCAAGAUGGUCCCAUAGAGUACAAAGUACACCUACUUAUUGGUUCACGACGUCGGUAUUUGAGAACCUCAACUAGCAGCUCUGUUGGUCGUGAAGGGCACACGUCUGACUCGGUGUCUUCACAUGCAAUGCAGUACAAGUCGCCUCAGUCCCGAAAGGAGCGAAUGCACGGACUGACAACGCAGAUGCUCUGGAGGCUGCAACAGUCGUCGCCAUUUCAUUCAGCUACGUCAAAUGUGGGUCCGGCAUUUGCCGAAACCCUCCCGUGGACCGGCGCCCUUUAUGACUGGGACUCUAAGCAGGCUGGAUCACAUAAACCUAUCCGAUUACUCCCAGGUCUAGAAGAUAGUAAGGGGGCAUUGUACGAGAUCGGAGUUGCUGAUGACGGAGAAUUCAUAGGUUUGACUAUGGAUGAAAUGGAUGAGAGUCUGAUAAACCUGGAGGUAAUGGCGACCAGUCUCGGAUGCAAAGUCGAAGUUUUGAGAUGGGUUGUCGUCGGGGACUGCGAAUGGACUGCAUAUUCCUGGCAGAACAUCACACACGAGAGUCUUUGGGUUGUAGAGGCCUUAGUCAGUCCCGAUUUGAACUUCUACAAGCUGUCUCCUGGCCAAGCAAGCAUGCGUCUUGUUGGAUCAAGUGACGAUCCGAUUUCCUACACCGAACAGAUUCGAAUAUCCAUUGUGGGCCCUAGCACCGCAGGGAAGUCUUCUCUUAUUGGUACCCUGAACACUUCAUUCCUUGACAAUGGGCGAGGUAAAAGCCGCAUUAGUCUUCUCAAACAUCAACACGAAAUUUCUUCCGGCGUCACUAGUUCCAUCUCUCAAGAGCUUGUUGGGUAUGAUGAUGGUGUGCCAUCCUCUGUCAUCAACGUGGCCUCUGAAGAUAUUAAUUCAUGGAAUGACAUACAUGCUACUUCGCAGGGAGGUCGUCUUGCAUUCAUGUCUGAUGUCCCUGGGUCGAUAAGAUACCUUAAAUCCACUAUGCGAGGGUUAGUCGGUUGGGCUCCGCAUUAUGUGAUUAUCUGUAUACCAGCUAUUUGUGGAGAAGAUGUUGCAGGAUCUACGGAUGAUAUCGAUUUCUGUUUGGCAUAUCUCAAGCUCUGCCUGAAAUUGGAGUUAUCGGUUUUGAUUGUCGUCACCAAAUUUGAUGUUGCAUCUCGAAGGUUACUGGGCGAGAACCUUCAGAAGAUUUACAACUUUCUAAAAGCCGCUGGCCGCAAGCACCAAGUGUUGUCCGCUCCCUCUCCAGCAAAGAACCUAUUUAAUUCCCAACUGAUCGUGGAUUCAGAUAGCAAGGAAGUCAAGAGCUUUAUCACAGCGUCUAAAGAAAACCCGCACUUGGUGCCGAUUAUUCUAUCUAGCUCCGUUGAUGGAACUGCAAUCGGCAAAAUUCACGCUUUCAUUCGAUAUAUGCCAAUUCCUUCGCUCAAACGUCUGCCGGGAUCCAGAACCGAAUAUCCUCGGAGCCCUAAAAACUUGUUUGACGUGGAGGAAAUCUUCGAUAUUUCCCCAUCGAAGGUUUUCUCUUUACCCAACGAAAAAAAACAAGAAUGCCGCGGCCUAGUUCUCUGUGGCCUCGUCCGCCACGGCAAUAUCUCCAUCGGCGACGAAAUGCUGCUCGGUCCAAUUUUAGUUGACGACGACCCAUCCUUAGGCGUUUCAUCUAACAGCGGCUCCCCUUCCGGCAGGUUCUCAGCAUCUCUCACCCGAGGACUCUCACUGCCCGGUAAAGAUUGUCUUGCACUCCGCGCAAAGUGGCAAAAGGUCCGCGUUGUCAGUGUUCGGGCCCUCCGCCUCCCAGUCUGCCGGCUACUGGAAAGCCAGGUCGGCACAGUAGGCGUCGAGUUCUUCUCCAGUCCCGAAGACUGCGAAUCGCCCAAUGCUAGUCGCAUUCGAAAAGGCAUGGUUCUGAUGAACGUUCGAAACCCCACUUUCUCCAAACUCACAUCUACCCCGCCAUUCCACAUCGGCUUCUCUGCUACAUUCUCAGCAGCCCAGUUCUCAGACUCCAAUUCUCCGCCCUUACUGCUAGGCAGUGACGUUAUCGCGUACAUCAUUAGUAUCCGUGCCAUAGUGCGGGUCGUGAGUAUGGAACCUGUCACGGGCCUGGAGGAGCCUCUUUCGGCUGGAACGAAGCCUGAUACGACUACGGAUAAACCUCUGGGAGAUGUGCACAUCUCAUUUACCUUCGUUAACUCUGUAGAGUGGGUCGAAUUGGGCUCCCAGGUGCUGAUCAUGCCCGGUUUCCAAAGCGGGAGCACGUUGUCUCUUACCACAAUCCCACCCGAGGUGGCGAUUAGUGGACUGGAAGGGUUUGUGGGUAGUGUUUGUGACGUUGUUUCCAGAAAAUGCUAG